AUGAUCGCUCGCAAAUAUUAUUCAGUCUUAAAUUCUGGCCGAGUUGCAAUUUAUCAUCGCGAACAAUGGGGAACAAUAUGCUUAAAUAAUAAAACAUCAUUAGUGGCUUCUGUAAUUUGCCGUCAAGCUAAUGAAAGCGAAUUUGGCACGGUUGCAAUGUCUGAUAAUCCAGGACGAGGACAAAUAUGGACAUCUACACGGUAUUUCAAUUGCAAUCCAAAAGCAAGUAAUCUUGGCCAAUGCCACAUUCUAUCAUGGGGCAAGAAUGAAUGUACUCAUUCGGAAGAUUUAUGGAUAACUUGUUCACGGCCUUCACUUAUGGGUAGGAUAUCAUGCUAA